UCACCCUCCAGCCUGCCUUCCCAGCAGGUGCUAUUGUCUGCGCCAGAAACUGAAACCCAGAGAAAAGUAUCUUCUUCCUCAAGGCUCCAGGUGCACCAAGGGUGGCGAGACAUCCAGGUCUGCCUGACUUCCGGGAGUGUGAUUUAUUUACACUCCUUUGACGACAUUUGGUCACUUAAUCUUUUUCACCACCCUUGGAGAUGGAUAUUUUUAUUUUCCUUUGGCAGAAGUUCAGAGCGCUGACAUGCCUUGCUUAUGAUCACACAAGAGGGCCAAAAUUCAGUGUGACUCUAAAGAUGUCUUAAAUAGUCUAAGCCAAUGGCUCUCAAUCUUGUCUGGGCAUCAGAAUCACCUUCCAAGCUUGCUGAAACCCAGACUGCUGGCCCCUGUCCCCAGCAAAUCCAGAUCAGGCGGAGAACAUGCGUCUUUCCCAGGUGGUGGUAAAGCUGCUAGUCCAGGGAACACACUUUAAGAACUUCCAGUCUAAGCGAUUCUCCCAACAAUCCUUGGUGGUAAACAUUACUAUCCCAUUGUGCAGAUGGGGACACUGAGGUUCCGAGUGCUGGCUUGUCCAAGAUCCCAUAGUAAGCCUAUGGUAUACAAAAAUCCAAAUUUGGGCAAGGAGAUAGCCUAGACGAGCACCAACCAGGUGCCAAGACAUCCUGCCAUUCAACAGCUUCCAUAAUCCUCCAAGGUACACCUCAGCAGUCAUGCUCCGUAAAUGAAAUGGGGACAGGGGAGGCCCAGGGAUUUGGCCAAGCACCCCCCGCCCCCCCUCCCCGCCUCCAGGAGGGGAGUGAGGGACAUUCAAACCCAAGCCUAACUCUUGAGGCCAGGGGGCGCUUGACGGGUACUGGGCACCUAGGGCAUACCAGACACUUCACACAGAUCCUCCAGUACCCCCGGCUGGUGGAUGGAGCAGGGAUUUAAACGUGAUCUUCGUGGAAGGGAGGUCCGGGGACCUCCACCCCUGCCACUUCAGCACGCCCGUCUUGUGUCCGCAGGCCGGUGCACCGCAGCCAUGGUGAGCGAAUCCCCAGGACCCGGCACCCGGGUCCCUUGGCGGCGAAGUGACGAGGCUCUGCGCGUGAACGUGGGCGGCGUGCGGCGGCGGCUGAGCGCACGCGCCCUGGCGCGCUUCCCGGGCACGCGGCUGGGUCGCCUGCAGGCUGCGGCGUCCGAGGAGCAGGCACGACGCCUGUGCGAUGACUACGACGCGGCGGCGCGCGAGUUCUACUUUGACCGGCACCCGGGCUUCUUCCUGGGCCUGCUGCACUUCUAUCGCACCGGCCACCUGCACGUCCUCGACGAGCUGUGCGUCUUCGCCUUCGGCCAGGAGGCCGACUACUGGGGCCUGGGCGAGAGCGCCCUGGCCACGUGCUGCCGCGCGCGCUACCUGGAGCGGCGCGUGGUGCGGCCGCGCGCCUGGGACGAGGACAGUGACACGCCCAGCAGCGUGGACCCGUGCCCGGACGAGAUCUCCGACGUGCAGCGCGAGCUGGCGCGCUACGGGGCGGCGCGCUGCGGCCGCCUGCGCCGCCGCCUGUGGCUCACCAUGGAGAACCCGGGCUAUUCGCUGCCCAGCAAGCUCUUUAGCUGCGUCUCCAUCGGCGUGGUGCUCGCCUCCAUCGCCGCCAUGUGCAUCCACAGCCUGCCCGAGUACCAGGCUCGCGAGGCGGCAGCCGCUGUGGCGGCGGUGGCCGCGGGCCGCGGCGCGGAGGGCGUGCGCGAUGACCCGGUGCUGCGGCGCCUCGAGUACUUCUGCAUCGCCUGGUUCAGCUUCGAGGUGUCGUCGCGCCUCCUGCUGGCGCCCAGUACGCGCAACUUCUUCUGCCACCCGCUCAACCUCAUUGACAUUGUGUCGGUGUUGCCCUUCUAUCUCACGCUGCUGGCCGGCGCGGCGCUCCGAGACCGAGGCGGUGCAAGCGGCGAGGAGCUGGGCGACCUGGGCAAAGUGGUGCAGGUGUUCCGUCUCAUGCGCAUCUUCCGCGUACUCAAGUUGGCGCGCCACUCCACUGGGCUGCGCUCCCUGGGCGCCACGCUCAAGCACAGCUACCGUGAGGUGGGCAUCCUGCUGCUGUACCUUGCCGUGGGGGUGUCCGUGUUCUCCGGCGUGGCCUACACAGCCGAGAAGGAGGAGGAUGUGGGCUUUGACACGAUCCCAGCCUGCUGGUGGUGGGGCACAGUGAGCAUGACCACCGUGGGCUACGGGGAUGUGGUCCCAGUGACGGUGGCUGGCAAGCUGGCAGCCUCAGGCUGCAUCCUGGGGGGCAUCCUGGUGGUGGCACUCCCCAUCACCAUCAUCUUCAACAAGUUCUCCCACUUCUACCGGCGCCAGAAGGCUCUGGAGGCCGCCGUGCGCAACAGCGACCACCGGGAGUUUGAGGAUUUGCUGAGCAGCAUUGAUGAGGUGUCAGAGGCAUCUCUGGAGACAUCCCGUGAGACCUCCCAGGAAGGAAGAUCUGAAGACCUGGGGGCCCAGGCCUCCAAAGGGCCUCCAAACUCUCAGGUUUAUUAAAACCAGGGCUCCAUGCCCCCACUCCCACCCCCUACAUUCAGCUGAAAUGGAGCAGAGAUUCCUGCGCUGCUUAAGUUCUCCCUGGUAGCAUCACCUCGCAAGAUCAUUCAUUCUGGCCUCAAAAAUGGCACGGGAGGCUGGGUCCUUUCCUUCAAAGAUGCAGGGCAGCCUAGUGUUAGCCUAGAUUCUAUGAGCCUGGGGAGCAACCCAGAGACCUUUAUAAAUGAACCUCCAAGCCACCCACGACACAGGCAUGAGCCAAAGAGGGAAAGUCAAAAGGAUGCUAACAAUUCCUGAACAUCUCCUAUCUGUUAGCCAUGUCACACUGGCCCUGUGUUGGAGGAUGUGAAUUAUCCCCAUUUCACAGAUGAGGAAACUGAGGCUCAGAGAGGUACAGUGACCUGCCCAAAUGUCACACAAUUAGAAGUGGUGGAACCAAGAUUAGAAUCCUGGCUUGUUGGUCUGCAGAGGCCAACAUUCCUUCCACUGGUCCUUCUUCUACCCUCACAAAGUUUGCUUGUGGUUUAAGGGAGUUCAUGGAUCCCCAGAGUCGGUUUAUAGGGUUAGAACCUUCUGUUAGAGCUAGGGAAAGGCCUGUAUGGGGGAUUCAGAUGUCAGAUCCCUGGACUUCAGCGAUGAUUCUUUUCUGGGAGCUUCCAACGGGAGUCAGCUUUCAAAGAUGAGGUCUGGGAGGAGGGAAGAGAGGGCUGGCUCCUUAGCGGGUGGGGAAGACGUGAUAAACCAUAGCCGUGAGGCUUCCUCCCAGGGCUGGCUUAAGAUACAGAAAGUCUGAAGGGGCCCUGGCCUAAGGCCUGAGGUCUAGACCAACCCAUGCUAGGGCCUACUCCAUCUCCAGAUUUCAGCCCAUCUAUCAAAUGGUCCCAGUCUGUGCCCCCCAGGGACCUGAAAGCCAAAUGGAGCAGGGGUGCCAGUUCUGAAAUAUUGGUAGCAAGGAGCUGUCACACGUGGACAUCGAGCCCCCCCUUCCUGGAUCCCCCCAGUCUGUCCGUGGCAGGUCCCUUCUGGCCACAAUGCAGACCUCCAGCCCUGCCUUGGUUAUCAUCCAGGCAAAUGCUUGAGACUCCUGUUCCUUUUGGCCAGGUCCAGCCCUCCCAUCCUUGCUGGGGCCACAUGUCUUAUACUCAUCUGCUGAAUCCUCGCUAUGCUUGCUGAGAAAGUUGGGAGGGAAGGGUUCCCACAGCUCUUUGCACAUAUGGCGGCCAGGAUGCCCAGCCCCGUACCGUCAUUACCAGAUGGUGGCUCUGGUCUGUCCCACUGUACUGAGCUCCAAGAUGGAAAACACUGUCUGGUUGAAGCCGGCUUGGUGCAGAACAGGUGUUUAGUAAAUGUUGAGUGGAUCUACCAAUUCGUACCACCUGCUGUGUGCCGAGCACCGAGGAGGAAGAGCAAAUGGCCAGGGGGAGACUUUGUUCUCAAGAUGGCAGAGACGAGAGUGUUCCCUGGUGGCCUAGCAGUUGAGGACUUGAUGUUGUCAUGUGGGCGCAGCCAAGAUAAAUAAAUAAAUCAACUCAGUGGGAAUAUUUGUAUAUUAAAAAAAAAAAGGUGGCAGAGCAAGACUGAAAAGAAGGUCCUUUCAGUUCUGCCUCCCUCUACCUCCUUGCUUUCUGGAGGAUUUUAAAAUGACUUCCUUGUAAAUUCUUCACACACUCAUUUAGCAAAGAUCUUUUGGAAGCUGAGGCCUCACGUGUGGCCUGCAGAUGUGUUUUGUUUGGCUGAACAGUAUUUUUAGUAUUUUUUUUUAAUUUGAAUGCCUUUGGCAUUCAGCCCAACCGAAAGUCAUAAGAGAUUCUUUCACUGUGGCCAUAGAAACACUCUAUACCUUAUUUUCUGCCCCUCCCAUUAUAGUUGGACUUGUUUGUUGACUUUCUCUUUAUGUUAUAUUCUGUACAGUUAGAAAUAAAGCACUCCAUCCCACA